UGAAGGCUCAAAGAUACAAAACAAAACUCACAUUCACUUUCAAUGUUGCUCACAAACUCUUAGCUGUGUCUUUGUGUGUGUUUUCCUUUUCAUGCUUCCUCCACACAAUCUAUACCUUUUGUAUAUAUCUCUCUCAUUCUUUAUCUUCAUUCAAGUUCGUAGGGACAUACAAUGAAAAUUCUUCUCAUUUUUCUCCUUAUUCUUCACAAACCCAUUUGGAUUAUUGCCUCACUUGUAGACCCUUUUGUUUCUUCACCUCAAAUUCCACCUUUUUCUCCAAUUCAUACAACAAUCACAAUGGAUGCUUCCUCUCCAGGUAUUCAUGUGAGAGAUGAACAGCAAAAAAAUGAUUCACACAAUAAAAAAGUUAUGGUUUUUGUGGUAGCUAGCACUGCACUUGGUGCUGUCAUUUUGUCUUUGUUAAGCUUCUGGAUUUAUUACACCAAGUAUUGUUCAAAAUCCAACAAGAAAAACCUUCAAAGUUCAGAUGCUGAGAAAGGGGUUGGUUUAGCUCCAUUUUUGAGUAAAUUUAGUUCUGUGAAGAUGGUUGGUAAGAAAGGGUGUGUUCCAAUAAUUGACUAUAAGCAAAUAGAAAAAUCCACUGGAAAUUUCAAGGAAAGUAACAUCUUAGGUGAGGGUGGUUUUGGAUGUGUUUACAAGGCUCAGUUGGAUGAUAAUUUGGAUGUUGCCAUCAAGAUGUUGAACUGUGAAAAUCAGUAUGCUGAGAGAGAAUUUGAGAAUGAGGUGGAUUUGUUAAGUAAAAUUCAACAUCCAAAUGUAAUUUCUCUACUGGGUUGUGGCAGUAAUGAAAAUUCAAGGUUUAUUGUCUAUGAGUUGAUGCAAAAUGGAUCAUUGGAAACUCAGUUACAUGGACCUUCUCAUGGCUCAGCAUUGACUUGGCACAUGAGGAUGAAGAUAGCUCUUGACACAGCAAGAGGUUUAAAAUAUCUACAUGAGCACUGCUACCCUCAAGUGAUCCAUAGAGAUCUGAAAUCUUCUAAUAUUCUUUUAGAUGCAAACUUCAAUGCCAAGCUUUCUGAUUUUGGUCUUGCAAUUACUGAUGGGUCCCAAAACAAGAAUAACAUUAAGCUUUCAGGCACAUUGGGGUAUGUAGCCCCAGAGUAUCUUUUAGAUGGUAAAUUGACUGAUAAAAGUGAUGUAUAUGCUUUUGGAGUUGUGCUUCUUGAACUUCUGUUAGGAAGAAAGCCCGUGGAAAAACUGGCCCCGUCUCAAUGUCAAUCUAUUGUUACAUGGGCUAUGCCACAGCUCACAGACAGAUCCAAGCUUCCAAACAUUGUGGAUAAUGUGAUUAAGAAUACAAUGGAUCCCAAGCACUUAUACCAGGUUGCUGCUGUGGCUGUGUUAUGUGUGCAACCAGAGCCAUGUUACCGCCCCCUGAUUGCAGAUGUUCUACACUCCCUCAUCCCUCUUGUACCUGUUGAGCUUGGAGGAACUCUCAGAGUUUCACAAGUUACGCAGCAACCUGCGAAUUCUAGUUAACAUAGUCAUCAUCAGAGUUUCAGACAACAUUCUCGCAUUGAGAAUCCAGACCAUAUUUUCAUGAUGCUGCCAAACCAGUGAUGUUUUAUCAAAGCGCAGAAUUACAGAUAGAUUCAUAACUACAGCGUUCAUGUAAUGAUACAUGCGGUCUAUGAGUUUGACCAUGAAACACAGACGCGUUCAUUAGGAAAAAAGAAUGAUUGAAGAACUUGGGAUUGGUGAUGAUAAUGCAGAGAAGAAAUUAAUUUCAAUUUCAUGAAAAUAUUUUUGUAUAUAGUGCAGUGAUUUUGUGGAACAAUGUACUGGUCAGAGAGGAUAUAAAUGUCUUUCAUUACCUCUUCUUGACUGUAUGUAAUAAUCAAUAAUUCAAUAAAUUUGAGUUACAAUCGAGUCAUAGAAGAAAAUAUUAUUCUGUUAAA